AUGGCAGAAUCUAAAAAAAGAGAUAAAAUCAUUCCAGAAGUCAAAUAUGACCCUAAUAUAAUUGUGGUUUCGGACAGCGAGGAUGGAGAUGAUAACAAACAGACAUUAGCGGGACUGAGUGUACGGCCCCUUUCCACCUCGCCGACAUUAACCAUAAUAUCUAAAACGGCUGGAUAUCUACAAAACCAAGACAUUCCUGAAAUAGUGACUCCGCCUGGAGACGAAGAUUUGUUGCAGCAAUUGUUCCCAGGGGUAGCGGAACCGACGAGGCAUUGGAAGUGGCUCUCGGAAUCGCCGCGGUCGCCUUCAAAUUCGCCCACUCAAUCGUUAGCAAAGUCGCCUAUACAAUCGUGGUUGAAAUCCGUUUCCAAGCCCUCUUCAAAAAAGGCAUCAACGAUGUCGACUUCUGAUCAGGAAGACUCGUCUUCAAAAGAAAGCUCGCGUUCUACGAGUAACUCUAGUUCGCGUUCCAACUCCCCAACACAGCAGUCACCCCCACCUUCACAUCAAUCGCGAGCGGUGCUCAAGCCAUCGAAUAUGUCAGCUCAUAAGCAGGAGCUCUACUUGCCUCCUAAAGCAAUUUCACGUUCCAGUUCGUCCUCAAGUUCUUCAAGUUCCGUAAGGUCCUCAAGUUCCUCAACACAAACGCAGUCGCCGCCGCGAUCGCGGCGAGCCCAAGAAGUGGUAUCGUCAACAAAUAUGUCAUCCCCUAAUCAGCGGGGCAACUUACCUUCAAAGGCGAAGUCGCUUUCACAGGCCAACUCAUCUCUACGCUCCCCAACGCCAACGCAAUCGCCGUCGGUGUCACGAAAUGCGCGGACCAACUCUAUGUCACCGUCGCCAAAGUCUUCGACACAGAUGCCUUCAACCAAGUAUACAAAAUCUUCGUUUUCGAACUCGAAACCGCAAUCAAAAAUGCAUACAACGCUUUGUUAUAAAUUUACGUUGCCGACGAAAACCUCAAAUAACAAUAAUAAGACCCACUCCAAAAGGGUUAUACGUUCCCCGCAGUUGCCAGCAUCUCCACAGUCCCUUUCUCGCUCAUGUGCGCAUUCUACUUCUACGGAAGUACUGUCCCGGCAGUCACCAGCAUCUCCACAGUCCCCUACUCGCUUAUGUGCGCAUAAAAAGACCUCAAAUAAAAAGACCCACUCAAAAAGGGAAACUGUUACGUCAGAAGUACUGUCUCCGCAGUCGCCAGCAUCUCAACAGUCCCCUUCUCGCUCAUAUGCGCAUUCUACUUCUACGGAAGUACUGUCCCGGCAGUCACCAGCAUCUCCACAGUCCUCUACUCGCUUACGUGCGCAUUCUAGGUCCUCAAAUAAAAAGACCCACUCAAGAAGGGAAACUGUUACGUCAGAAGUACUGUCUCCGCAGUCACCAGCAUCUCAACAGUCCCCUUCUCGCUCAUAUGCGCAUUCUACUUCUACGGAAGUACUGUCCCGGCAGUCACCAGCAUCUCCACAGUCCUCUACUCGCUUACGUGCGCAUUCUAGGUCCUCAAAUAAAAAGACCCACUCAAGAAGGGAAACUGUUACGUCAGAAGUACUGUCCCCGCAGUCGUCAGCAUCUCCACAGUCCCCUUCUCGCUUAUUUGCGCAUUCUACUUCUAUGGAAGUACUGUCCCGGCAGUCACCAGCAUCUCCACAGUCCCCUACUCGCUUAUGUGCGCAUUCUAGGUCCUCAAAUAAAAAGACCCACUUAAAAAGGGAAACUGUUACGUCAGAAGUACUGUCUCCGCAGUCGCCAGCAUCUCAACAGUCCCCUUCUCGCUCAUGUGCGCAUUCUACUUCUACGGAAGUACUGUCCCGGCAGUCACCAGCAUCUCCACAGUCCUCUACUCGCUUAUGUGAGCAUUCUAGGUCCUCAAAUAAAAAGACUCACUCAAGAAGGGAAACUGUUACGUCAGAAGUACUGUUUCCGCAGUCGCCAGCAUCUCCACAGUCCCCUUCUCGCUUAUGUGCGCAUUCUAAGUGCUCAUAUAAACCGGCACCGGCUGAGCAGACGCCGGCGUCUCCAGAGCCCCCAUCACGGGCUCAAUAUCCUGAUUCACGCUCAAACGGGCAAGAGGGAUCCACUGACACUACUUCUUCUUCUAAUGAUCAUAGUGACUCCCGCUCAAAGAGGCAUAAGGCAUCCAAGCCACCUGGAUCUCCAACUCAAACGCGCUCUCUAUCGAGAUCGCGCUCGAAGGCGAAGAUAAAAGUGGAGCCGAAGAUGGAAUCCUCGGCAUCGUCGAGGGCAGGCAAGACACAGUCGUCUUCGAAACGUUUCACAAUCAACAAAGCAGGAAAGGGAAACGCCGUCAUCUACAAGUUCACAAUGGCCAACAAUGAAUACAGAGAUGUCUUUACGAGGAGCCCCCCCUAG